AUGUUGAGGUUGCCUCCAUCGGUUGCCGGUCAGGUUGCAGUCGUCGUCGCCGUCUCCUCUGCUCUCUGAUUGGCUGUGGGCUCAGUUCCUCCUGAGGAAAUAACUCCUUUUAUAGUUAACGGAGCGCCGAGCGGCUGUUUUCCGGGUUCACACUCACUCAGCAUGUAGAGGAGGCGGACCGCCGGGACACCUGGACCACCGCCGAUACGCCGGAGCCCGGACCACGCCACCGAUCGAUCACAGCCAUCGAUCAACCAUCGAUCAGCGAAGGUAAAGAACCGGGAGAGGGUUCGUGUUCCGGGCGGGGGAGAGGAGUCUUAGAGGGGGGUUUGUGUCUCAGCAGAGAGGGGUACGAGUCCUCUCUGGGUGGAUCCUGGUCUCAGAUCAGACAUGUCAGGUCCUGCAGAGCUCUGCUGCAGACUCACCAGGAACAAAAAACUCCAGAAUCAGGUUUUGGACCCGGGUUCGACCCGGUUAGAGGCGGAUAGAGGUCAUGUGAUCAGGGGGGAAGUUCGGGGGUUCUAUCAGAACUUAAUGAAACACCAACAUCAACAUCAGGUGGGAGAAAACACCGACAAACACCCGGAGUGUGUGUGUGUGUGUGUGUGUGUGUGUGUGUGUGUGUGUGAAAUAAGUCGCCUGCAGCUGUAAAAACUUCUCUGCAAACCUUCUUCAGUCUCUCUGAGCUGCAGGAGAAACUUUUACAGAUAAUGUGGAAAAAAAUCUUCACAGAAAUACUCUGAUUUUUUAAAACACCCAGAACUGCAGCUGUACGGAGGCCCCGGGUGACCAUUUAUCCACACAUGUCCUGCUUAAUGUGUUAAUGUGAUGACAAGUUAGUUUUAAAGCUCGUUUUCUAAUAAUAACAGGAUAAUUAUCAAGUUAGAGGUUUAAAAGAAACACGUCAGAGUCAGUUUUCAGCUUUAAAAUUAGAGUUAUGAUCGUGUAAAACUCCAGAAAUGUCUGAUUAUCACUGAAGAACUGGGUUAAUAAAAUUUAUGAUCAUAAUACACCAAGUUUAAACAGCUUUAAAGUGGUUUAUGUUAAAAUAUUUCAUGCAAUUUUCCAUCUGUAUGUUCACAAUAACAUUAAUUAUUCAUAUAAACGCGGUCCUGCUACAUCAGUGUGGUCUGAAACUGUGACAGGUCUCAGAGUUUUUGUUUUUGUCAAAGUUAAGAGUUAAUUUUGAUAUUUUAAAGCCGGGACCCACUUUUAUAGAAUUCAAACCGAGCAAAUUUAUUUUUUACAUAUAUAUAUAAAAAACCUUUAAAGACUUAAAUCUUUAACAUAAAUCCAUUCGUUUUUUGAGUAAAGUGCAUUUCAGAGCACAUGAAGGAGACAGCUACUGAAGUCGCACGUACAGAAAAUAUCAAACAUCGAAUAAAUAUGGCAUUAAAUGUUUACUUUUUUUGACCGGCUGUUUGCGACCCAUCCAGAACGUGUCCGUAACCUACUUUUGGGUCGGGACGACACAGUUACACAGAGAGAAAGCGUGACUGAUGUCGGAGAUAUCUGCUGAGGUUCAAUAGUUCAUCACAGUUGAUUGUAUUUUUAAGAUCAAGUUUAAAUGAUCAUUAUUUGCCUUUAAAACACUUUUUAAGUCCAUGUUCACCCCGUACAGCAGUUAUCCUUUCUUAAUGUGUGAUUGAAAUAUAUACUUUAUAAACUAACAGAUCUAAAAUGUAAAGAUUUAAAACCAGGACUUAGAGGAAGGAGGCGGUAAAGAGUUUAUUCUGACGUCUAUUUUUACAAAAGUGAAACUGUUUCACAUAAAUAAAUAUACAGGAGUGUCUGCAGGAAUGAUCUAAUCUGAGUCAGUGUGGCGUGUCUGAUCCUGAGAUCAUCGAGAUCCUCCCUGCAGCACUCAGAGAUAUCUCAACAGUCUCACCCUGAACUGACCUCCUGUCAGCCUGGUUCCCUCUGCAGGUCUGUGGUGACCCUCCUAAAUAUCGUGUAGAUUAAACUCAGACUUCUUCUCUGAUAUCUAAAUUCUGUUUGUGCAGGUUACUUUUGAUUUGUCAGCUGAGCCGUUAUUGUUCAGAAGAGCGUUGGUGUUAUUAUUAUUAUUUCUUUUAUCACAGCAGCAGCAGCAGGACAACAAUCAAGGAUCCCUGAUUUAAUCUCCAAACUGUCUCUGAGCGAAUCCACAUUUGACCUUUAUUCAGUCGACUUAGACCAGAAGUUCAACUUCUCCAAAUCUUCGACUUUCUUCUCGGAAGGCAAAAAAUAUUUCUUCCACUUUCCUCCUGAUUCGUCUUUUCUCAUGCCAGGGUCUCUGCAGUUUAGAGCGGCUUUAAAACGAGGAGCUUUAACACGAAAUGCUCCAGUAAAUGAUCUUAUUCUCCUUUAGAAAUAAACAAGAGUGCAGACAAACUUCACGUUAAGUUUGGGUGAAAUAACACAUAUGAGCAGCUGAAGAAGAGGAAGUCUUCAGUCUGUUUUUAACGUGUGAAACCGACGCAGCUCCGUCUGACUCCUCUGUCGUCUGAAUCCUUUAAUCUCCAGAGUUAACUGACCUUCUCUGCUGCAGAGUUUGAGCCGUUUUCCUCCUCAGAUCUGUAGGAAUACAAAACUUUAUCCAGUAUUUCUCACUAAAUCGAUUGUUGGUCUACCUCUGCAGCCGUUGGUUAGUUUGUUUGCAGUGUGACUUUUGUGCUCUAAAUAGACUAUCUCAGCAAAAUGUGUGAGUGACAACUACAGAGGCCAGAUGAAGGAGGUGGAGGUAGAGGUAGAGGUAAACCAGCAACUCCUGUUUUUAACACAAGUGUCUGAAAAAAAACUCCAGUUAAGUCCUAGUUCAGUGAAUUUAACAUAAAACAUGUGCGAUGUACACGAACACCCCUAAAAGCAAAGGAUGAAGACAGAGGUAGACCAGCAACUCCACCUGAUGAUGGCAGGAUAAGAGACUGAAGCAGCUUUCACAGAAAACAGGAGCUGCUGGUCCGCCCCUUUUCAAGUGAAGUUGUGUGACCUUGAUACCCAAAGUGGUUUAUGAAGUCCAACAUACUAUAUGUGAGAAAUAGACCUCUGAAGCCAAAGGUUGAAGGCAGGAGUAGACCAGCAACUCCUCCUUUUCUAUCUUUAGUGUCUGACAACAUUACAGAGAGGAUCCGUGCAGAGACAGACCUUCUUAUUUAUUAAAAGGAAGAUGAUAUUUGUUGAUAUUUGUUAUUUAUUGUUUUGUCCAAAGCCACUAGACCCCUCAGACUUGAAGAGAAGUUGCUGGUCUACCCCUGCUUUAAUCCUUUGGUUGUUUUUUGUUGAUGACUAACUUUUGUUUGUUGGGUUCAGUUUAGUUUAUUGUGCGUUUGUAACUUACUGUUCAGAGGUACACUGAAGGGGAAAAUGGCAAAGGUAGAUCAGCAACUCUGUUUUUUCAUAAUGCUGUCAACAAUACAGAGAGGAUCCCAGUAGACCUUCAACUGAAGAAAGAUGAGUUUGAAUCCUAAACUCAGUGGUUGUAUUGUCUUUUUCACAGUUAUCAGACCUUACAGGCAUCAACAGGAGUUGCUGGUCUGCCUGUUCCAUGAUUAAUCAGUUUGUUUUGUUGUCCAACUUUGUGUUUUUUACAUUAGUCUGUUGGAUUCUACAGAGUAUGAAAUACAUGUGACAUACACACCAAAAGCCAGAAGGUAAAGGUAGAUCAGCAACUCCUGCUUUUUAUGUGUCUGUAAGGAUCCGUACAGAGAUAGACCUGGUGGAUUAAAAAGAAAAUAAUGUUUUUAUUAUUACUGAAUCCACCUGUUACACUGUUUUGUUUACAGCCACAAAAAACCCAUAGGUGAAAACAGGAGUUAAUAGUCUACCCAUGCCUCAGUCGGUUGGUUUGUUUGUACUUUUGUGUGACUUUGGUGGUCCUUUUUUGUUAAAUAGUAACAUGUUUUUAACCUAAUUAAACAGCCUUAUGUCACGGACACCAAAUUCCAUUGAAAAAAACAGUGAUUUAUCCUUGCAGGACACAGGAGUUGCUUGUCUACCACAGCCCUCAUUGUUUAUUGGAGGUGGGACAUUGGUGCUUUAACCGGUCUGUUGGAUUUUACAAAAUAUGCAAACAACACUUACUAGCACACCAAAACCAAAUAAGAUAAGGCAGAGGUAGAGCAGCAACUCCUGUACUCUGUGAGUUAAAUGACAGUUUUUGUUAAUGGGGUUGGUGCUGGAAAAGUCUGUCUCUGUACGUCUGUGUUGACACGAACAGCCUGAGUCUGUCAGAGACGGGAACGAGAGCUUUCACACUUUGAUUCAGAGUGACGGUGAAGUUGUUUUUCAGCCCGACUCCAAACUCGCUCUUUAACUUCUACAGUAGAAGAGUGAGUUUGAUGACGGUUCAGGAGGUCACGGGUUCUCUGUGCUCAGAGUUAACCCGCUGAACGUGUGAUCACAAAGAGACGAAGCUCAGAAUAGACUCGUCAGUUGAAACUCUCACCAACUGUGCGUCGUGUUUUUGACACGGUUUGUCUCGUUGGGUUUCACCUGAUCUGAGCUCAGUCUGCUUUACUUCCUCUGUUUUAAAAUUAGACCAAACUUUCAGAGAAUUCACUUCCUCUUUAUUUUUCUCUGUUUGUCGCUACAAGACGCUGCUGACGGUUCAGUUUGCAGCGUACAAACGCGAGAAAGCCGCUCCGCUCCGCUCUGCUCUGUGUGUGUGUGUGUGUGUGUGUACGCUGGUGUCUGUAAGGUCGUUAAAUUUUCAGGAGUUUUGAACUGCACCACGAUUGGUUGUUCUUCCACAGUUGACCCCAAACAAUGAGAGAGAUAACAGCAGGUGUAAACAGGGUCAAAGGUCACCUUACUGAGGAUCUGAGGUUUGUUUUGUAACCACCUGAGCAAAGUCCGGAGCGUUAAAAGAAGUCACAGCCUCGUUUACAGCCGUGUUAGCGUGCAUCCUGGGUGUGUCUGUGGUUGUGCUCGUUGUACGAUUUGGUGUCACGUCAACAAGGAUGUCAUGCAGAGUGAGGAGGGGGUGUUUAUGUGGGCUGAAGGUCUGACAGAGGGAGCAGGAGGGUCUUAAUUCAGCCCAGAGACAUCCACACUUUAUGAUCCUCCUGAUUAGAGAGCAGAGAAGAAACAGAGUUAUUGAUGGACUGAGUUUGUCGUCUCUGCAGGUUAGUUUUCUUCGGUUUGGUAGACGUCUCUUUGGCGGGACUUUUCCCACACACAGAUCUUCUAGGGCUGGGCGAUAAAACAAUAACAAUAUAUAUCGAAAAUUAUUGUUUUAUCAAUAUAAAACAUGAUCAAUAACCUUUUCAAUAGUCGUCAUUCUGCCAUGUUUUGGUCGACUAUACGAACAGCCAAUGAGAAGGGGAGUUUCUCCGGGUCUGAACCAAUCAUGUUCUGAAUUAGAACCAAGUAUCAACCAACUGCAGCGUCGUAGCAGACAGCAGCUCCACCCAACCAUAGCACUUUAACAGGUGAAGCCGACAGCACUGUUGGUGAGAAACAAAGAAAAUGAGUGCUACCCCCGACAGAAAUGACCAUGAAGGCUCAACAGAUGACCACAUCAAUGUCAACCACAACACUGGCGUUAGGAAAACGUCGGUGGUGUGGAGGUAUUUUGGUUUUUGGAGGUCGGACAUGAAGCAGAGUAAUGUGGACUGUAAAUUAUGUCGAGUACAUGUUCUCACAAAGUCGGGGAAUACCGAAUACUUUACGACAAAACGUCAAAGAGACACAAAGACCUCACAGAUGCAGGAGAUUAUUGUGUUGGAAAAGACAUGAGACCAAUAAACACUGUUAGAUUUUUAUAUCCUGAUAUUGAUCGAUAUCGACUCAUAUGAGAAAAAAAUAUCGUGAUAAACUUUUUCCCAUGAUGCCCAGCCCUAAGAGCUUCAUAUAGUUGACCUAAAGCCUAUUCUGAGUCUCAGCUGUAAGUCCGUUUCUUCAGUCCGGUUGGAGAAAACCUGGUCUGGUGGUUUUUAUGUGUCUCCUGAACUAAAAGAGUCUGAACUCUGUCUCCAGGAUGGGGAACCUGAUCAAGGUGUUGACCCGAGACAUCGACAACAACGGUGGAAACUUCUUCCUGGACUUUGAGAGUAAGAAACACACACACACACACACACACACACACACUCACACACACACACACCUAUUUCUGGUCGUUGUAAUAAAACAAAGCUAUAAUAGAAAAUGUUCUUCACCUGUUCAUAUGGAGCUGUGGUGGAGGUCAGGAGUCUGCUGUAGAAAUGUAAACAGACCACUUAGAGGAGACAUACCUUGAGAAAGAGACCAAGUGUUUGACCUUUGACCUCUGUAUGACCCUGCUGCAGAUGCUCAGCCCUCACAUUCAGAGAUGGAGGUGUGGGAGGAGGUGAACCAGGUACUGACGGAGGCUCAGGUCGUCCUGGAAGACCUGCAGGCGUAUACAGGAGCAGGAGAGGAGAUACGACAGGUAAAAACCAGGACAGUCCUCGUCCAGAGUCCCACCUACUCAAGUCCUCAAGCAGGUUAGCACCGUCACAGAUGUGUGUGUAUGUGUGUGUGUGUGUGUGUGUGUGUGUGUGUGUGUGUGUGUGUCCAGGCCAUCCAGAGUCCAGGUGUGGAGGGGGUUCAGGAGAAGGCCUGGUCUGCUGUCCUUCCUCUUGUGGCCAAACUCAAAACCUUCUACGAGUUCUCUCAGAAACUCGGUAAGUCCGCGCUUCUUGUAACCCGAGAUUUUCACCCCCAACUGUCCUUUCAACGAAGAACUGGAAAUCAUAGAUGCUGCACCCCCAGUUUUAGACAAUAUCUCAAGGUUUAGGAGCAACAUCUGCGUCCAUCCAGACAAGACUUUUGCCUUCAUAUGAUCCCAAACCACAUUCUGACAGCAGUUGAAAUGUGGAAUGUCGAACUCUUACGAUCAGCUGAGGAGUCCGGCGAUCCGCAGAGGAACGGAAAGAAGUCGGUGUAAAUUGACACGUUAACUUGAAUGGUUACGAUCAGCUACGAUCGGAGGAUACGACCUUUUAGGAGACGAUCAGGAUGAAGGUGGAGGUCAGGGGUUAGAGUAAUCCUCCUGUUUCUGCUCGCUGACAGAUUGUGGUUGUAGUACCUGCUGCAGCCUCUAGAGGGAGAUGGACAUUUCUUCAGUAUUGUCACCAGUAUGUCAGACUCCAGAACCUGGUCUGCUGGUUUACACAGUGGUGGGACUGAGAUUGUACUUUAGUUGGGGAAUAACUCACCCCCUUUUGUCCCCCUUUCUGUCCCCCUUUCUGUCCCCCCUCAUAGAAACCAGUCUGGGUCGUCUCCUGGUCGUCCUCACCAGCUCCGCCUCCAGUCCCACUCAGCACCUGGAGCAGAAACAGGCUCUGGCUCGUCAGUUCGCCCACAUCAUGCACUUCACGCUGCGCUUCGACGAGCUGAAGGUCUGCUCACGUUACUCCUCCUCCUUCUGCUCCUCCUUCUGCUCCUCCCUGUCCCUCCUCUUCAUGUUCUCCUCCUCUGUGUUCCAGAUGACAAACCCGGCGAUCCAGAACGACUUCAGUUACUACAGAAGAACCAUCAGCCGGAUGCGGAUCAACAACCUGUCUGUAAGACGCCGAGACAGAGAAGACGUUUGAUUCUCUGAGGUCUUCCUGCGCGUCACUGAAACCUGUCUCUACUUUGUUGUCCCAGGCUGAGGCAGGAAAUGAGGUCAACAACGAGCUAGCCAAUCGGAUGUCCCUGUUUUAUGCCAGUGCCACACCGAUGCUGAAGACGCUAAGUGACGCCACGUCGAAGUUCGUCUCAGAUGUGAGUCGAUAUCACUGUCUGGUGUCGGUGAUAAAACUCACCGAUUUAAUGUCCGAUUUCUCUCUAAUAUCGUCACCUUAUUAAAAUAACGACCAAACUCAUUUUUAAUUGGAUGACUAAAUCAUCUCAAGAAAGAUUUAGUCACCCAAUGAAAAAAGACUGAGGCCGUUAUUUUAACAGGGUGACGAUAUUCAAGUUUUUUCACACUGAGUCAUAAAAAUUAAAGGAUUUGAACUUUUUUACCGAUAACAGGUCGAUCAAAAUCAUUUAGUCUUUUAAAGCUUUUACAUAUUUUUCUCUAUAACCUGAAGAUUUCGGCUUUAAAUUUAUCAAGAUCAAGAUCGAGUCUCUCAGGUUUUUGCUUGAUAGUCGUUAGUUCUUAUGGUCUACAGUAAUGGUUCUCAACUGGUCUCACUCUGGGAUCCACAUUUUCCCAUGAUCCUUCAGUCGUGACCCAAUUUUAUAAAAUUUAUAAAAAAGAAAAUUUAUUUUUAUAAAAAAAACUUUGAGGACUCAAGUCUUUGACAUAAACUCGCCUGUUUUAUUGAGUAAAGUUCAUUUCAGAGCGCAUGAACUGAGGACGACAACGACUAAAGUUACAGAAAAUAUCAAAUUAAACAAAAUAAAAAAAUUGACUUAUUUGGAUUUCUGCAUCCAGAUCAAAUUCAGAAGAACCUGAGGAGGACAAAAGUCAAUAAAUAUCAAAUUAAACAAAAUAAAGAGCAUAAAAAAACCAUAUAAUUUUACUGCAUUUAGGUCACAUUAAUAAGAAACUGAGGACGACCACAACAUAACGCCUUUCAAAAUAAAAGACAUGUCAAACAUCAGAUGUGCAUUAAAUAUUUACUUUUUUGACCAGCUGUUAACGACCCAUCCAGAACGUGUCCGUGACCCACCUUAGGGUAGGGACCCACCAGUUGAGAACCACUGAUCUACAGGCUUUAGGCUGUCCCUCUGCUUUUCAUACACACACCCGCCUCCUCUCUCCUCCUCCUCCUCUUCUCCGCCUCCUCUCUCCUUACCGCCUCCUCUCUCCUUAUUGCUGUCACUGUUUGAGGAGAGGGUCCACACCUGGUGAGUGGUCACCUGGUCUGACACCGAAAUUUAACUGAUGUGAACACUUCAGCCACCAGGGGUCAGCAGCAGCACAAUAUACUUUUUUUCUUAUUAUUUAUCAUGAACCACCAGCAGAGGGCGCUCUCGCUUUAGUUUCCUAGACACAGAGAAGCUCCCACAGUUUGAAAAAUGUGAAGUCAUUGUUAAUUUUUUGUAAUUUUCUGUUUUAUAUGUAUCAGAAAAUAAUCUUUUUUAUUUACAUUAAAAGUUUUUAAACUCAUUUUGUGUUAAAACCCCCAAAAUUAAUAAUUAUACUUCUGUUUUUUUGUACUGCUAAACUCCCUUUAUAGAAUGAAGGAUGACAUCUCUCCUAACAGCCAUCACAUUAAAGUUCCAAUAAGACGUUACAUCUACACAAUGCAACAAUAAACUUUCUAUUUUCAAUGUUUUUUGCACUAAAAGUUAAAGUGUUUUAAAUAAAAUUAAAGUAUAACUAGAAAAAGUUCAGAUUCUUCACAUAUAAAAUAAAAAAAGGUGAUUGUUUUUGUCUCUAAAGUUUAAAUAAAGUUAAAGUUGGAGUUUGAAUAAAACUUUAUUGUUCGGUUGUUUUUACAGAAUCCAGACGUCCCGACUGAAAACACAACGGACUGUCUGAGCACGAUGGCCAGCGUGUGUAAAGUGAUGCUUGAAACACCGUGAGUCCGGACCUGUUCCUGAACGCACCGUUACAGUCACCUGACCCAGACACUAAUAUUCAUAUAUGUGUGUGUGUGUGUGUGUGUGUGUGUGUGUGUUUGUGUGUGUGUCUGCAUGCGCAGGGAGUACCGCAGUCGUUUCACCAGUGAGGAGACAGUGUUGUUUUGCCUUCGAGUGAUGGUCGGCGUCAUCAUCCUGUACGACCACGUUCAUCCAGCGGGGGCCUUCGUCAAGACCUCCAAUAUAGACGUAGGUUCGCACACACACACACACACACACACACACACACACACACACACACACACACACACACACACACACACACCUACUCUCUUCCAGCAGCCACUUGUUUGUAGUGAGGCCAGUCCAUUACGGACUGCAGUGGGGUGCUGCAGCUCAAGGAAGAACAUUUAUGAUCAUUUCUUCAUGGAAAUACAAUCAGACUGAAACGAUAAGACGCUUUCAUGAAGAAAUGAUCAUAAAUGUUCUUCCUUGAUCUGCGUCACCCCGCUGUAGUCCGUAAUGGACUGGCCUGAGGUCUCACUACAAACAAGCGUCUGCUGGAAGAGAGUAGGUGAGUUGUGUUUAGUCUCUUUGUUAAAGAAAUGAGACAAAGUUAAAAGAUGUUUGGUGUCUAGUACUAUGUCUGUGACCCUAUAUGUACUAACCUCAGUAGAACAUGGUGUAGUUCCGUUCAGUAACAGAACCUCAUUGGAAAAUUAGCUGAUUUAACUUUACUGUGCUCUUGUUCAAAUAUAUUAACUCGACAGCACAUAAAUCCAUACCUGUUAACAAAAUCAUGAUUUUAUUGAUAAUUCGGCUCAAUAAAAACACCUUUACCUUUUCAUUUUACUACAGUAGAAGUUUAUUGGCCCAGUUUAUAGACUACAGAGGUGGAGAAACGCCCCCGCUUAAGUUUAUGUUUUCUUAGGAGUUAGAACAACUCUGAAUAUAGUACUAUGUCUGUGACCCUAUAUGUCCUGUUGAUGAAGUUAGGUGCUGUUCUGAGCAUUAUUUGUGGCUAUAGAGUGGCGUUUUGGUUGGGGGCGUGGCUCUCUGUAUUUCUAUCCUGUUGGUAUAACUAGAGAAGCAAGCGGUCGGCAACAUUCAUCUCUGGAGGGGGGGUCUAACUCGGUGUUACGGUGGGUUUGACCCCUUAAAAGAGUUGGUAUGUUGUGUCUCAGGGUCUCCUCGGUCCUGUUUCUGUAUCAUGAUGCUCUAAGUCAGGACUGUAAACUCCAUGAUUUCCAAAAGAGAAAAGUUCAUUUUUGUCUCUAUUUCAAGUCUUCGAAGGAUUUCCAGACCAUGAAAAUCUGGUUUCAUGAACACUUCAGGGUCCUCCUCCUAAACUCAGGUGUUGUUGGUUGUUUUCAGAUGAAAGGCUGUAUCCGAGUGCUGAAGGAGCAGCCGCCCAGCAGUGUGGAGGGAUUACUCAACGCUCUCAGGUCUGACCACCUCCUCCUUCUUCUCCUUCUUAUGGUGGACUUCUGAUCAGGAUCCUUUCAUAAACCUGAUGUUUUCAUGGAUGUUUAUCCUCCAACUGUCCUCUCUGUCUCUGCAGGUACACCACCAAACAUCUGAACGAUGAGGCUACCUCCAAGCAGAUCAAGAACAUGCUGCAGCAGAACUAACCCAGAGCUUCUUCAGACUGGAGCUGGAGCGAUACAGGGAGUCGGGAAAAGGGUCGGGGUCCAAAUUUCAAAAGAACUACUGAACAAACUCGGAGCUAUGAUCGUAUUUUUGUUCAACCUCAGAUGUUUUUUGUUUUCUGAUCGUGGAGAAGGUGUUUUUUUGUUGUUGUUGUUGUUUGAAGAUGAGGAAAAAAGAAGAAAAAGAGAGGAAACUUUGAGUUGGUUGAUCCAAGAAAAGAUGGUUGUGUUGGAGCUGCGUUCACGUCACCUCAGAUUUACAGGAAGGAGAGCGUUCGUCUUGAGUCUGAGCAUCAUUUCAAAAUAAAAGCAUGGAUGAUAACAAGAGUAGACUGUCCAAAAAAAAUCCCAAAUAAAAUCAGACUUCCUUCCAGUUUCUGUGACAUAUUUUACCGAUUCAGAGCCGAACAUCCCUCAGCUCAUUAUUUCUCUGUGUAGUGAGACAGCUGACACCGGGAACCAACUGAACCUAACCAGAACCAGAACCCACCGUAGAACUCUCUGAUCAUGUUUUUCUUCUCUGACUUCCUGUUCCUCUGACGUGACGUGAAGCAGUUUGGACGUUUUUAGUCGCACUGAUCUGUUAGCUAACACUUGUUUCAGUGUUUGAGCCAGGAGGGGGCGUAAUUAAAUGAUCAAUAAUCAAUAAUCAGAACUGUAUUAGCAUUAAGAUCUAAAGUAGAGACCCUUUAACGAUAAAAAAACCUCGUUGUGGUUCGAGUCUUCGGCGGCAGGUCCUACCUCAGAUACCUCAGUUACAGAACUCUGUCUGUGAUUGGUGGAUUUUAAAGUAACCAGAUUAAAUUGAUCAGCUGAUUGAUAAAGAUUGGAUUGAAAUUACUUUACUAAUUACUCUAAAUUCAUGUAACCAGGAAACUCGUGGUUUUUGUGCAUACAGGUGUUGUCCAACAGCGAGCGGGCGGGGGGUGUGGCCUCUGAGUUUUACUGAAGGGAUGGUGUUUUCAGAAGUUUGGGUCUAUGGCUUGGUUUGUGUUUGGCGCCCCCUGUGGACAAAGUGUGUGCACACAGUCCCAUCCAGAGUUUUUAAAAAAUUGUGUCUAAUCAAGUUUUUAUUGGAUAAACCAGAGGAAGAGCGAGCGGGAUUACCUGAUCCUGGAUUUAAAAAACUGGAUUCUGAGCCGGAUUAACCUUUUAGAAGAACCUGAUUAAAAAAGACGUAUUGUAUAAAACCACGCCCAUAAAGAGUUAAAGCUUUAAUAUGAGUUUGAUUGGUCGAGAUUUAGGGUCCAAAUGUUGAUCCCCUCAGACUGGGUCUUGGUCUGAAUUCUCAGUUUGUUGUUUUUUUUGAUGUGUCGUGGCGAACACUGUAAGACGUUUGGGGUUAGCCGAGAGAAGAAGAAGAAGAAGAAGCACUGUGACGAGAAGAUGCGGUACUCAGACUGAUGUGUGACCCGAUCCGAUCAGACUGCUGACUGGAUCCAAAGCUUUAGAUUUUGCCUCGUUUGUUAAAGCUGCAGUCAGGGAUUUUUCUGCUUUAAGUGUUUUUUUUUAACGAUGUGUCGGCCAAAUAAAGUUUUUACAUUUUUAAGAAAAAUCA